AUGUUGGCUCCUCACUCAAAAGUUGAAAGGGAAAAACUUCAAGAAGUUUGUGCUCGUAUUACUUCUGAUCAUGAAGAGUUCAUAUCGUCCAUUACUUCUCAAUUCUCCAAGAUUCAAGAAGAUCUAGCCAUGGAAAGUAAGAUAAUGAACUCUCUAGCUAUCAAGACUGAAAGAGUUAAAGUUUUAACUGUCAAGCUAGAACAGGCUAAGAAACAAUUCCAGGAUUUGAAUACUCAGGACUCACAACUUGAUCUUCCAAAAGCUCCGAAGGUAUUCAAGUUUCGUUCUUUUAUCAAGGUUGUAGAUGUCCCCACUACUCAGAAUGGUGUUGAUCAAAUGCUCUUCACAUUCUAUCUUAAGCACAUGAGGUCACAGUAUGAGAUGUGGAGUGCAAAUGAGGAGAAAUAUGAGCCUAUUAUUGCUCAUCUAAAGCUCAUGACCAUUUCGUACAUUCAAGAGGUAGGGACGAUGGAUUUGGAGAUAGAAGUUGUAUUGCGAAAGAAGCCUAGUGUUGUUCCUAAGGAAUCUCCAAAAGGGUUUGAGAAGCUAAAGCCGGGAAAUUUUUACAAGGACAGUUGGUAUGUGGUAUUUGAAGAUAAGGAACGAAACGAAGCUGAUUAUCGUAAAACAUGUUUCUUCUUUCUAGAUAAACACCACUUCUUGUCUUGA